AUGAAUACCCCCGUUGAGAGGAUUUCCAAGGCCUGCGACCCGUGUCGCACACGGAAAAUCAGGUGCAAUGGACAGGAGCCAUGUGGCCACUGUCAGAAGAAACCCUCCGCUUGCGUGUAUAGGCUCCGCAACAGGAUCAGGGCCAGAAAGUCUACCCAACCAAAUGCACAGAAUGCACAACCUCAGCAGCAGCAGCCUAGUCCUGCUACUUCGCUUCCGACUCCUAUCGUGACGAAUGAAGUAACAGAAGCAGCCGCAGCAAAAGAUAACCAGCCUGAAAACAGCACCAAGGACGCGCCCCAAGGAAAGGUAUACCACGGAGUAAUGGCAAGCCAUUCUAUUUCCGGCGAGUCUGUAGGCCCUGCAGGAAAUUCGCAACUGUUCUACGGCCCAUCGUCCAACUUUGCUUUUCUUCAACAGAUACACCGCAGCCUCUUAUUUUCUCAUGGAAAUGGCCGGCCUGGUGAUCGCGCUGUCCAGGAGGGAGGGCCUGGGUUAGACAUGUUUAUGCAAAGGUCAAUCUUCUUUGGCAUUCCGUCCCAAGUGGACAUGCUGCUACUAUACCAGUCGUUUUCUACUCCACUGGUAGAUAUACUGCCUCCCAGUGAGGCUCAGAUCUACCUCGACCACUUCAAAGCGGCUUCGUAUCAUCUAUUGCCCUUCUACACUGAGUCGGAGCUGGAUCAACUCCUCCACCGCCUUUACGAGGAUGAUCCAGAGACGUCCGGUGCUCUUCAAACGAAAGGACUCAUCUUGGCCAUGAUUGCAAAUGGAGUUCUUCAAACCAGCAACACAGCCCUUGCUGAGACCUUGUUUGCGCGAGCAAAAUUUCAAAUGACAUUAUUCGAAGACACUGUCACGUUGACUAUGAUUCAAUAUUCACUCGUUGCGGCCGACUACCAGCUUCACAUGGGCCGGCCAAACUCGGCUUACCUACAUCUUGGCAAUGCAAGCCGACAGGCUUUUGCAAUGGGUCUUCACAAGGAACCACCGCAAUCGAGCGUCCGACAGGAUAGUCUUGAAAUGCAGCGUACCACCAUGUGGUGCCUUUAUUUCCAUGAGAGCUGGCAUGCCUUAUCUCUUGGGAGACAGGGCGCGAUUAGGCACUCUGACAUCAGCCGGCCAUUCCCAGAGGGUCAGAGUUUAGUAGUGGGCUUGAGUAGACUUGCUCACAUUGCCGAGCAAAGUGCUGAAGCAAUCUACGGUCGACGCUAUGAUUCAUUGCGCCAGUUGUACUAUGCUGCCGAAUCGAUUCAUUGUCAGCUCAAGCAAGUUGCCGAGCUGAUAGGAAUUGGCUCGGCUCCUCAGCAGAGUCUCAGCGACCAUGUGGCCUUGCAACAACUGCACAACAUCUACUAUCACACCAUCAUUCUGACUUUCAGACCCUUCAUAAUUGCGGGUGCAGCGUCUACGCACCCUGAAGGAGGUUCGCAACCGCUCGGCGAGCAAAUGUGGCUCCGUCAAGCCUGUCGCUCUGCGGUCGAUGCAGCACAAGAUUUGAUCAUGUACAGCUGCGCCAAAAUUCGGACAGUCCCCAGAUGCAGGGCCUUGCGAUUCAACGCCUACUUUUUAGAAUCGAGCUGUGGUGUGCUCCUCUACGACAUGCUUUGGCAUCCAUCCAAGCACGAAUGCCACCUCGAAUAUAUUCAGAUGACUCUAGCAUGUUUAGAAAGCAUGGUAGAUGAGCAGCCGGUUGUCACUGCCCGUGAAUCGUUGCAACAAAUCUUGCGGGCGGUUGAGGGUACCAUCUCAAAGCAGUCGAGCAACAUGUCAACGCCAGCUGAUAUCACUUCCAACUUCUUACAAUUUCCCAACGUCCAGUUCCCUCCCUCUGGUUCUGCAGAGUCAUCAGUCGCAGAGCAGCUGAUCCAUUUCAGCGAUGCAUUGGGUAUCGGGAAUCGCGAUCUUCAGCCAGCUAUGAUGAGCGCGACGAGUGGAGAGUCUGUCCAGAACACCACCAACCCGGAGCUCAAUGUUUUCACGACUGACUUGCACAGCUUCUUUCCCUGCGAUAUAGAGACCCCAUCAACUUCACUAGAGUGA